UGUCAACUGUCGUCUGGCAUCUCUCGCUCGCCCUCUUCCCCAGUCCCAACACAGCACGGAACACCCGGGGUGCUCGAGGCGCGAACGCGGCGGCGGCGACGGCGACGGCCAGGGAAAGACCAUGGAGGACGACUACUCAGAAGCGCCAUCGCAGCAGCUUCCUAUGGACAUCAUCUACAAGAUCCUUGCCCACAUCUCUGAUCCAGCCUCUCUUGCUCGCCUUGCUUCAUCUUGCAAGUUCUGGCAUGAUCUCAUCAAGGACCCGACCUUCCUUGAUCGCCUUAGGAGGCGGCACGGUGACCAUGGUUUCACCCCAUCCCUCCUUCUUGGCUUCUUCUACCAGGACAAUAGAAGAUCUUCCCCGGAUCUCUGGCAGUAUCACAUUGACAAGACCCGUUGUUUGGCGCCAAGCUUCGUGCGGAUGUCUGAACUGACACAAUUCGUUGGCAGCAAAGCUGCCCGCAAUGCGAGGAAGCUACUAUCCCUUGAAACAUUCAUUCCAGGUCUUGGUACAAGCCUCAACUUCUAUAAGCCCGUUGCGUCACAGGACAGCUUCCUGGCCCUCCGCCGCAAAUCGAAAGACACCGAUGGUCAGACCAUUAAGGAUUUGAUAUGCGUCUGUAAUGCUCUCACUGGUGAAGUCUUUGAGAUUCCUAGCCUCAGAGUUAAUAGGCGUACUGACCAUUAUGCGUUGUUUGUCACCAAUGAUGUCGACCUGUCUGGACGUGCGUCCCAGUCCUUCCAACUGAUUAGCAUUUGGGUCAUAAAGGCAAAGAAAUUCGUCUCUUUGUGCUACAGCUCGAAGACUGGAACGUGGACAGCAUGUGAAGGAGUUCCUGAGCUAAUGCAUGGCCUUUACUUGGUGUCGAACUCAGCCGCUUCUUCUGAUGGUGUCGUCCGUUGGCUCUGUGGUAGCUGGAGACAAAUGACACUCACUCACAUCGCCACGCUGAACGUUGGCAAUAUGGAGCUGUCUUACCUGGAGCUCCCACCUGAAGGAAAGCGCAACAAUGCGCCAUUGCUGGGGAGUUCAGCAGACGGGGGUCUUCUGUUGCUCUUCGCGCAAGGCCUUCAGAUGUCACUUUGGAAGCACAGCAGUGCGGUUGGCAGUGACAGCAGCGGGUGGGUGCUUUCUGAAAGGAUUGACAUGAGAAGUUCGUUGCCGCCGCGGGUGGGUAUCAGGGCAAAGGUCAGGCCGGAGAUGUUCCGAGGGAAGAGUGGCACGGUGGUGCUCUGGGUGGAUGAGGAAGGCCUCUUUCUGUUCAGUCUUAGCGAUAGGUCAUUGAGGAAAAUUGACAGUGAGUAUGUGACCAAGAAGUACUUCCUCUGUCCGUAUGAGAUUGAUUGGCUAUCCUGCCUCGCGAUCACAAACCUGACCGUCGAUGGCUCGUUGUCGCUGGACGUAAAGAGAGAAAGGGCACAAGGCAGAUGGAGGGCGUUAAUGGGCACAAAUUUGGCGGCGAACACUGCAUAUUGAUGUCCAGGAACAGCAUCGAUCUUGUUUAAAGUUGGUGGCACAACUGCCAUGAUUUUUGCAAUACUGCUUAAUGUAUUUCCUGUUAGUAUGACUAUUAUUAUGGUGAUUAUCAGAUUGAUACUUCAGUCUAAUGGCAUUCUCUGUCGAACCUCUUUGCUCC